ACUCUGACCUGUCCCUGUCGCCGCGCUUCGUCAAUCAUACGAGUUAGUGGUCCGCGGGGAUAACAAAAAUUAAUUUAAUAAAUAUUUUUAGUUAAAUUUUAGUUUUGCUAGCUAUUGUCUGCACUGUGAUUAGUUUUAUUAGUAAAAAUUAUGUUACAGUCAUUAAUAAAUACGUUUUGGAGUGAAUAUGUUUGGUUACCGCCUAACACAACAUGGUCUGACAUUGCGCCCGGGCCGGAAAAGCUUGUAAUAUAUACGGAUCAUCGGCAUGUCUUCUUUCCUAUACCGUUAGCACUCGUUUUUAUAAGUCUCCGUUAUGUGUUAGAUAGGAUAUUAUAUGCUCCAUUUGGUAAAUACCUUGGUAUCAAAGACAUAAGACCAAGAAGAGCACCUGAAAAUCCUAAACUAGAGGCAGCUUAUAGGUCAGGACCUCGGAACCACAAACAACUAUGUGCGUUAGCGAAGCAGCUAGAUAUGACAGAGCGUCAAGUGGAGAGAUGGUGGCGUCUGCGCAGGAGCCAGGAUAAACCCUCGACCCUAACUAAAUUCUGUGAAAACGCCUGGAAGGUCACCUUCUAUGUCUUCAACUUUAGCUUCGGAGUUUAUAUCCUAUGGGAUAAGGAGUGGCUGUGGGAUAUUGAUCAGUGCUAUAUUGGAUAUCCACAUCAGGGUCUGACAGAUGACAUCUGGUGGUACUACAUGAUAUCGUCGGCAUUCUACUGGUCGCUGACGAUCUCCCAGUUCUGGGACGUGCGUCGGAAAGACUUCUGGCAGAUGUUCGUACAUCACUUGGCAACCAUCGCUCUACUCUCCUUCUCCUGGGUCUGCAAUCUUCAUCGUAUUGGCACGCUGGUCCUGCUAUUGCACGACUGUGCUGAUAUAUUUGUUGAGGGGGUCAAAGCAUCGAAAUAUGCUGGUUACCAGAAGCUGUGUGAUGCCCUGUUCCUGGCAUUGAUUGUCGCUUGGAUCUCAACUAGAGUUGUAAUUUUCCCCUUCUACAUUAUAUGGAGUACGCUGGUACGAGCGCCACAAUUAGUACCAAUGUUCCCGGCGUACUAUAUAUUCAACUCCCUGCUUUGUCUGCUUCUCGUUCUGCACGUCGUAUGGACCACUCUUAUCCUACAGAUCGCGUAUAACGCAAUGAAGGCUGGACAGAUGGACGGCGACGUGCGAAGUUCGACGGAAGUGAGUGACAGUCCUAACCACUCGAAUCAUUCUAACAAUGGGUCGCCUACUAGGAGAAACAAAAAGAACACAUAAACUAAAGCUUCAGUCCUCGACCAGAUCUCUGAAACGAUAUUUUUAGAUAUACACUUAUUUCUUGUAUGUCCUUACACGAUAUUUGAUUAUUCUAAAUGUUAUAUUUUGUAAUAUACUUUCAACGGGUGAUGUAGGUUCAGAACUUGAUCUUUGCCAUAUAUUAGCAAAACAAAACAGAAAGAGCAGUUCCAUAUAUAAAAAUGAGUUUUUAUUAUUAUGUAAACUAUAUUUUAAUGAAAUCUACCCAUCAUUUGAAUAAAAAUUUUCAGUAACAUAAUUUCGAACCAAUGUCAUCCGAAUAAGGUAGGUAGGAUUAUUAAUGUUUGUCUGUCACUGUGAUCGAUGUUUAGCUAGAAUUAAUAAACAUAUAGAGGCGUUUUUGUGUUCGUAUAUUUAUAAUCUGCAUUUUAGAUAGAAAAACCAAUAGAAGAUAUUGGUAUAUUAUCAAUAAAUUUUCAAAAACGUUUGGCUCUGUUGCAUGGUGUAGUACUAAAUACUAAAUUUUUCUUUAUAUUGAUUUCUCUACGAUAUUAAGGUUUUCACAGGGAAUAUAGAUGUUUGCUACUUGGGACCAGACGCAUUUUUUAAAUAUUUUCAAUUUGCAUACUAGAAAUUGUAGAUUAAUACAGUAGAGCGCUUGUAUUGAAAUACUUCUAUAGGUUUUUUUUAGUACUAAAAAUUUUUUAAAGACAUUUAUUUUGAUGGUUUAUGCUUUCCACCUCUUUAAUGUUUAAUAAAAAGGUAAAAUGUCACAAGUUAUAGAUUUAAACUUAUUUUUACUUUAAAAGCUACUUAAAUAUUGGAUGCAAAUUAUCUCUGGCGAAUUAUAUUCUUCGAUUUUUGUAAAUAUAAAAAACUAUUUUGAGAACAUUUCAUUCGAGUAUUUAUGUUAAAAUGUAAGUUUUUUAUUAAUGUGUUAUCACAAUAGUUGUAAUGCGGAGUUUAGUUUGGCAAAGGUGUGUUUUUUUACAUCUUUUUUAAUCGCGUAAUAAUACCAAAGUUCAGGACUUCUUAACAUUCUUCAUACUU